AUGCACAGAAAUCGAGGUCCACAAAUAGAGAUCUUGAGCGGAAGCACUUCCGCUCAACAAAGCGCUCGGUCCGCCAAGCGCUCUGAUCCCUCCGGCGCUUACCCCAUCAUCAACUUCCCGGCGCGCUCAAAUCUCUCCGCGUCCACGAUAACAAACAAUUGCCUUCAAGGCCCGCUCCACCCGUCAGUCCUCUUCAGCUCGCCCAAAUCCGCCAAAGAGUCCUUCUACAUGGGCUCGCGCGACGCGAGCCGUUCACCAACGUCCGCUCAAGUGGGCCAAUCAUCAACUCGCGGCCCACUUCUAUCUGGCCCGCUCCCGCGCAACGUUGGCAUGUCCUAUAGCGUUGUCAAGCCCAAGAGAGAAUAG